CUUAUAUCGCAAACCCCAAAAAUGAAAAUCUGGCUCCUUUUUUUUUCGGUGCUCGCUACUGUGGCGCUUGCCGAGGUGACGGAUAUCGCUCUGGGCGGCUGGCACUCGUGUGCCCUGCUGACGGGCGGCGCGAUCAAGUGCUGGGGUAGGAACAGGUAUGGCGAGCUCGGGGACGGGACCACCACCAGUCGCACCAACCCGGUCGACGUGUCCGGCAUCACGAACGCGACGAGCAUCGCUCUGAGCGACCGCCACACGUGCGCUCUGCUCACGGGCGGCAGGAUCAAGUGCUGGGGCUACAACGAGUACGGCCAGCUCGGUGACGGGACGACAACCCAGAGCACCACCCCCGUCGACGUGUCCGGGAUCACGACGGCGACGAGCCUCGCUCUGGGUGGCUAUAGCUCGUGCGCCCUGCUGACGGGCGGCACGAUGAAGUGCUGGGGCUACAACUACAGAGGCCAGCUUGGGGAUGGGACCACAACCAACCGCAAAAAACCAGUCAACGUGUCCGGGAUCACGACGGCGACGAGCAUCGCUCUGGGCAGCAGCCACAUGUGCGCCCUGCUGACGGGCGGCACGAUGAAGUGCUGGGGCGACAACUACAGAGGCCAGCUUGGGGACGGGACCACAACCAACCGCAACACACCAGUCAACGUGUCCGGGAUCACGACGGCGACGAGCAUCGCUCUGGGUGACCAUAGCUCGUGCGUCCUGCUGACGGGCGGCACGAUGAAGUGCUGGGGCGACAACCGCCUCGGCCAGCUUGGGGACGGGACCACGACCAACCGCAACACACCAGUCAACGUGUCCGGGAUCACGACAGCGACGAGCAUCGCUCUGGGCGCCCGCCACACGUGCGCGCUGCUGAUGGGCGGCGCGAUGAAGUGCUGGGGUUACAACGGCCUCGGCCAGCUUGGGGACGGGACUGCCAAAAACAACCACAACAACCCCGUCUACGUCAUUGGGCUCUACGCUCCGUCGCUACCACCAUCACCGCCGCCGCCACCGCCGCCUUUUCCAUCGCCGCCAUUGCCGCCUUUUCCAUCGCCACCAUCUUCACCACCGCCUCCGCCUCCUCCGAAGCUCAUCCUCGACGAGGACGACCACGCCGCGGGACUCACGGGCAUCCUCGUGGUUCUGGUGGCGACGAUUUUCAACAUGUUGUAA